AUGCCAGAAUCUGGAUUGGCCUGCGACGUGAGACCUCUGGCGGAUGGGGGCAGUGGACAGACAGAAACCCUUACUCCUACAAGUUCUCUCAGUCUCACCACUGCAGCCGAGGCUGCCACCUGUCCUACUCCUGCUCCUGCUCCCUGCCCCGCUACGGCCAAGCCUGCCACCUGUCCUACUCCUGCUCCCUGCCCCAUCUGUCCCCCUCCCGCCAAGCCUGCCACCUGUCCUACUCCUGCUCCCUGCCCCAUCUGUGCCCCUCCCGCCAAGCCUGCCACCUGUCCUACUCCUGCUCCCUGCCCCAUCUGUCCCACUACGGCCAAGGCUGCCGCCUGUCCUACUCCUGCUCCCUGUCCCACUACGGCCAAGCCUGCCACCUGUCCUACUCCUGCUCCCUGUCCCACUGCCGCUACCACCAAGGCUGCCGCCAUCUGUCCUACUCCUGCUCCCUGCCCCACUACGGCCAAGCCUGCCACCUGUCCUGCCAGCCCUCCUCCGACCAACGGGGAGUUCCAAAUGUGUACGAGCUCCACCAAUGAGUCGUGCCUGCUCGCCAUGAUCGCCAUCCCGAAGGGCGGAUUCCAAGAUGUGCUGGACGGUCUCAGCGUGGCCCCCAGCAUUGUCAUCAGAGGACGAUCCAAUCCCCAAGCAAAGAGGCUGGUGGUCAACCUGGACGGACGCGACGCCAACGGCAAGAAGGCUACCACGGUGCUGCAACUAGAUUUGGACUUGGAGAGCCAAACCUUCACCCUCAACUACAGAGUGGGCGGCAAUUGGGGCGGCAAUCGGACCGGGGACCUUCCCCGCGGACGCCCCUUCGGAGCCGGUCUCCCCUUCAAGAUUGUCAUCGAGUGCGGGAGUGGCACUUUCCACCUGGACUUCAACGACAUGCUCCAGCUGGAUUUAGCAGGUCCUGAAUUUGACAUUGGGAGCAUCAACUGGAUGGAGGUGUGGCAAGUGGCAAGUGAUGAUGAGCGGCGUCCAGCUGAUUUGACGUUCAACGCCGCUUCCGGGCUGGGCGUCGGCAUGCUGACGCCAAUCGGCUCCGUUCUAACGCGUUUGUUCGUUUUAGCGCUCACUUGCCACCAGUUGUUGUCCACUUUUUAG